UAAUUCAAAAAAAACCUGCUGGUUUGGGAAGCAAAUGAAAAUAAGUAAAAGGUAUUACACUUUGAGUUUGUGGACUAACUUCAGGAUCAAAAGCUAUUGGUAUCCAAACUGAAUGAGGACAACCAAUUCUCAAUCGUGAGGGUUCCAUCAUCCGAUCAAUUAGCAAUUGAUCAAGCCAUUAGGUCAUGUCAAAAUUGAUGAAUUAUUUAUGUCACGCAUUCUUAACCGUAAGAUGUGUGUUAUUUUAAGUGGCUAAGCAUACGUACUAUAUGAAUCUAUUUCAAUGUAUCAUAUAAAUAUACCGUGCUUUUUAAAUAAACGAUCAUUGCAUUAUUCUACAUUGUUUCUGUAUACAGUACAACCAGCAACACAUGUGAUUUGCAUUCAUUCGAUUUUUUUUGUUUGUUUGUUUUGUUGAUGGAUCAAAUUCUUUGUUUAGAAUAAUAAUAAUCAAAACAUGUUCGUCCGACUGAUUUCAUUCUUACAACGAUCAAUGACAAUUAAAUGUCCGCCAUCAUCAUGUGUGGCUAUGAUUGUAAGAAAUAUUUCUGACAAUCAGGAUGGAUCGAAAAAACGAGCCCUCAAAUUGAAACAAACAACCAUGAAUCAUUCGUUUCCAUCAGAAUCUGAUCUUAAUCGAUUCACAACUCGUACAUUUAAUUGUGGCCAACUAAAUGACCGGCUAAUUGGAAAACAAGUUCAACUAUGUGGUUGGCUUGAAUAUCGACGAAUGAAUCGUUUCAUUGUUCUACGCGAUAGCUAUGGACAAAUACAAUUAUUCAUAAAACGAAAACAGGAUCAAGAUAUUGUCGCCGAAUGUAAUUUGGAAUCAGUCAUACAAAUUACCGGUACGGUCGCUGCUCGACCGGAAAAAGAUAUCAACGUAAACAUGACGAAUGGUGAUAUUGAAAUUCUAGUCGAUCAUCUUGAAUUAUUGAACAAUUCAAAAGCAAACAUGCCCUUUUUGCCACUUCGUGAUUCAAUCAUGUCAACCACCGAAAACGUUCGACUUCAAUAUCGUUAUAUUGAUCUACGACGAGCACAAAUGAUCAAUAUUCUGAGGCUACGAUCAAAGAUGAUAAUGGCAAUGCGAAGUCAUUUAGUCGAACGAUUUGGAUUCAUUGAAGUGGAAACUCCAACAUUGUUCAAGGAUACACCUGGUGGAGCGCAAGAAUUUGUUGUGCCAACACGAUUCAAAGACCAAUUCUAUAGUCUAGUUCAAAGUCCACAACAAUUCAAACAAUUACUUAUGGUAGGCGGUAUUGAUCGAUAUUUUCAGAUAGCACGAUGUUAUCGUGAUGAAGGAACUAAAUCUGAUCGACAACCCGAAUUCACACAGCUUGAUCUGGAAAUGUCAUUCACGACUGUUGAUGGUGUGAUGGAAUUGAUUGAAGAUCUAAUCCAGAAUUGUUGGCCGAUUCCAAUCGAAAAAGACAAAAUUUAUCGUUCAUUUGAACGAAUUCGUUAUGAGGAUGCAAUAAAUAAAUAUGGUUGUGAUAAGCCAGAUCUUAGAGCUCCAGAGAUAAUGAUCAAAAGAAUGAAAUGUCGUCCCGAUUGGUUCAUGUUGGUCAUUCCACAAGAUUAUGAUUCAGAUUUUGUUAUUAAAAAUUUCAUUCAGAAUGAUCUCAGUCCUUUCCUUAAUACGAUGAAUUUUAAAGGUCGAUUAAAUCAUUUCAAAUAUUCAUCGCUACCAUUUCAAGCACAGGAUCUUGAUGAUGAUAUCUGUGAAGAAAUACGAAAUGAACAAAAUGCAUUUAAAGCCAAUGAUUUUAUCUGGAUCGCUUCUAGUAGUGAUCCAUUGAAUUGUCUUGACAUUCUGGGUCGAAUUCGUGCCUCUUGCAUUGAUAUGAUUGAAGAUAACCGUCUGGCUAAACUUGGCGAUGAUUCUGAUGGCCAACGUAAAUUAUCAUUCUGUUGGGUAUACGAUUUUCCAUUGUUCGCCAUGAAUCAACAAACUGGUCGAUUGGAGCCAGAACAUCAUCCAUUUACCGCACCAAAACCUGAUGACCAGUCAUUGAUAUAUACGGAUCCAGCCAAAUGUACAGGACAAUCAUUUGAUCUAGUUAUAAAUGGUCGUGAAAUUGGUGGCGGUUCCAUACGUAUUCAUUCUGCUGAAUUACAAAGCUACGUAUUAAAUGAUUUACUCAAAUGCCGAUCCAAAUCGAUGGAUUAUUUUCUGGAAGCAUUACAAUGUGGCUGUCCACCGCAUGGUGGUUUUGCCAUCGGCAUUGAUCGUCUAAUUGCUUUGAUUUGUCAACAGCCAUCAUUACGUGAUGUGAUUGCCUUUCCUAAAGCCGCACAAGGUAAAGAUCUUAUGUCUGGUAGUCCUGGGCCAAUAAGUGUCGAAACCAAACAAUUAUAUCAAUUAAUACCAUCGGAUUGAUCAAAUUGAUUUUACUUUUUUUUGUUAUGUAUCGACAUUUGUAAUUAAAUAAUUGAUUUUUAAAAACUGGAUAAAA